GAGAAGAGCGGUCGUAGGGGCAUUUAUUCCAGUGUUUCACCUCCCCUCCCGCUUUUUGUCCUCCCAAACAGUCCGAAGGCGGCUGCUGAAAGGCUCCAACCCACUGGAACUCUCGGAGUAACCGCCUCCGCAUCCCCUCGCGGGUGUAGACCGAGACUCGCGCGGACGGGAGGGACGAAGAAUGUUUGCGCAGCCUUCAAACGACUUGGCAGGCAACAAGAGGGAAAAGGCCGCUCUAGGGAGAGUUCAAAUUGAAAUUACACGGAGGGAAGAACGUGCAGAUCAGCGCUGAAGCUCAUUAAAAAAAGCGAGGUGACUGAGAAGAACAAACACGCCUCCAAAAGGAAAAUGGAAAAGGAGGUCGAGCGCCUCUCGCCCCCUCCUCCGAAGCGCUUCUCCUGCUGGAAACCAGAGGGAGUGGGAAGAGUGGCCCGGAGUUCGAACCUAAGCAGAGACGGUGGUGGCGGGGACGACGUUCCCAACGGGAAGUCGCGCGCAGGGACAAAGCUAAGUCCUGAGAAUUAGGCCGAGGCUAGAUCAUUCGUUCGCUGGACAUCGGGCAUCGUUUGGGUUUUAUUCAAACCCGUUGGAAAACCUUAAAGUUCUAGGCAGGGGAACAGCACGACGUGAUUGGAUCCUCCAGAGUAGAAUCUAGACAGUCCCCCUCCAACCCACUCCCAACUCCCCACAACUCUCCCAGCAUCUCCACCUCCUCCCACUUGGGAGAAGGAUGAGAUCGAUGAAGUUCACGCGGUGCGCUCUGCAGACCUCGGCUGGGAAAGCCCAGCGCACCCCUAGGCGCACCGGGAAGCGUCUACCAGAACCGCCUCUGGCUCCCCGGGUCAAAGUCCCCACCCUCAGCCUCCUUGUACAAUUCAUUAACUUUGCAGACACCCGUUUUAUUCGCCGGAUCAUUCCCGGACGCUUUAGAGAAAAGCCUGGGCAUUAACCUCACGGCCCGCGCGCACUGCCCGACGUCACCACAAGUGAAGGAUUCUCGGAAAAGAUCAACCGCGCCAGCUCCCGAAUCCCGGCAGCCCCUCGCCCGGGUGUGCCAGAGUCGACUUCUCUCUCUCUCUCGGUCUUAGUGGACCUGAGAGAGAGAAAGAAAUUUUCUAUAAACCACUGAACUGGGGCAGUGCCAGAAAUUGUCCUGACCCGGUACUCUGUAGCUUCCAAGGUGCUUCCAAUCCCAUUCGCGCCGCAAGGAUCCCACAAGAUCGGGAAAACCGAGGCUUGGGAAGGGUUGGGUGCCCCAAAGGCAGGCUGCUUGGAAGAAACGGAGCCGACCUGAACCCCGCGUUUGCAGGUUUCAAAUCGCGGCGCGUUUUGAGAGGCCUUUCUGACCCCUCAGAAUUAUUAGUUCGAGCCCCCUGGUCUAUCCUGCUCGGAAAUUCGGCCUCUGAUCGAGGAAGCCCUGUUGGGAAGAGGGCUGGUUAUUCCCUUGUCUUCCUCCUCACUGCCCCUACUCCAUCCAAUCUCUUUCUCCUUCUCCCCUUCUGAGUUUGUCACCAUUUCUUGGUCAAAGCCCCACACCAUAGAUGCAAGGAGAUGAAAACCCACAAUUUCUCACUCCAGAGCCUGCGCCUGCGUUCACUGCAUCAGGGUUCUCGAACCUUAAGGAGCUCACAAUCACGUGGGGGCUUUGUUAAAACAGGAAUUCUGGGCCCCGCCCCCGGACACCUCAUUCAACUGGUCUCAGCUGGGCCUGAGAAUGCGCAUUUCUAACCGGUUCCCGGGAUGGCUCACAAUGGGGAUGCCAGGGACCGGGAGAGAAGACUCGAGGAAAUCGUGCCUGUACCCAGACACAUGGAAGCCAAGGUCUACCCAAGGGACAGAAACCGCUGAGUCCCGCUCCACCAACCUGGGACAAACCAGCUUAAAGGUGCUGUUCAGGAAGACUCAGCUCUCUCCGCUGUGCUUUUGUAUGCCGGUCCUUGGUUGGCAAAUGGAGAGACCCAGCGCCAAGCUUUCUACACGGGAAUCACCCCUCAACCUUUCUGAAGGAUCCAGAACCUCUCUCCAAGGCUUGGAGGCCUCGGAUUCUGGAGGAUUCCACAACUUAGAGUCAAGAGGGAUGGCCUAUCCAAACAGUGGGGGUGACCUGGAGGAUCUUAGCAUUCCAGGCACAAUCCUAGCCUCGCCUGGGAGAACUGCCACUCAGGUGAGGGUCUUGGGCCUGGUGCUCCAGGAGGAGGGAAGAAGCCCCUGGAGAGAUGUGGCGCUCCCAUUUUACACCCUCCAGAUAGCUCUGAGGCCACGCUCCUGGGUUCCAACUCCAUUGAGUCCUGCAUGCAGCUCGGUGUUCCCCGGCCACAUCGUAAAAAGAUUUACAAGACUAUGUUAAACUGGCAGUAAAAACAAUUAACUUUAAUGGCACCUUGGGUGGGUGGCUGGGUGGGUCGGAAGGAGGGAAGGAGGGCGGGUGCUUCCUCCUCUUCAGACUGGGAAUCCAGGUGAGGGAGGGGACCCGCUUUCAAGUCCCUUUUGGGUUUCUUCUAUUUGCUCCUCCAGGGAUACUCCACUGGGCUCUGGAGUUCAGAGGUUCAAGGUUAAAGUGAAAAGAAGACUGAGCAUGGAGACUACAGGAGACUUCAAGUCCCACUUGACAGUCCCUGGCUAACUGAUCCUAAACAAGCCUCUUAACCUCUCUGAGACUCAGUAUGCUCAUCUAUGCAAUGGGAAUUUGU